CAUAUAAAAUCCCAUGGGCCACCACAGGUCAGACAUUCAGUGUUUGGCUUUAGACCAAGACAGCAGCAUUAAAUCAACUUUAAAACAAUGGCCUUUAAGAUUGUGAUCGCUUUGGCUCUGUUUGCCGUGGCUCAGGGAGCCGUCCUUAGAACCGCUGCACCCGUGGCAGUGGCUCCUGCUCCGGUUCCUGUUCUGGCCAAGACCGUCGAGCUGGAGGAGGUGGAUCCUCAUCCCCAGUACUCGUACAGCUACGACGUCCAGGACACCCUCUCCGGCGACAACAAGGGACACGUGGAGGAGCGCGACGGAGACAUUGUCCGCGGAGAAUACUCCCUGAUCGAUGCCGAUGGCUUCAAGCGCACUGUCACCUACACCGCCGAUCCCGUCAACGGAUUCAACGCCGUGGUCCGCCGUGAGCCCAUCGCCGCCGUUGUGGAAGCCGAACCGGUGAUCUCUGCCCCACUUGUCAAGGCCGCCGCCCCCGUUGCCGUUGCUGCCCCCGCCAUCUCUGCUCCAAUUGUGCGCUCGGCUCCUUUGGCCGUGGCUGCUCCCCUGAUCAAGUCCGCUCCUUUAGCUGUGGCUGCCCCAGUCAUCAAGUCGGCUCCUUUGAUUACCUCGCCAUUUGUCCGCUCUGCUCCUCUCGCUGUGGCAGCUCCGGCCCCCAUUCUCCGCACUGCUGCCUAUGCCACGCCCCUGCGGUACACCGCUCCCGCCUACACCGUCGCCAACUUGUAAAUUCUGUUACCUUGUUUCUAUGAAUAAAAUGUGAUUUGUUAUAUUAA